CGUCUUCCACUACCCGCACUGCACACUCCCCUUACCCUUUCCUACGCCGCCGCCUCUUCUGCUGACGCCAUGGCCGCCGCCCCCGCCUCUUCUGCCGCCGCUAUGGCCGCGGCACCCGCAAUCACCGCGUCCUCCUCCUUUGUCUCGUCGUCGCCGUGCUCUCUCAGGGUGUCGAAGACAAGCCCCCGGCGACCCACGGGAAGAGUGUCCCACAAAAUCAGCUGCGUCAGUAGCCCACCGGCCGCCGAAACAUCUUACAAGACUAGUGUCCCGCGCAAUGCUAACAUGGCCAAGCUCCAAGCAGGAUAUUUAUUUCCUGAGAUUGCCAGGAGAAGAGCAGCUCAUUUGCUCAAGUUCCCUGAUGCUAAGAUUAUAAGCCUUGGGAUAGGUGACACUACGGAGCCCAUUCCAGAUGUCAUAACGAAUGCCAUGGCAGAGAGAGCACAUGCCUUAUCAACAAUUGAUGGCUACAGUGGUUAUGGAGCUGAGCAAGGUGAAAAGAAACUAAGGUCAGCAAUUGCUGCAACCUACUAUGUGGACCUUGGUAUUGAAGAUUCAGACAUAUUUGUCUCUGAUGGUGCCAAAUGUGACAUUUCCCGCCUGCAGGUUCUUUUUGGAUCUAAUGUGACGAUUGCGGUCCAAGACCCAUCAUACCCUGCAUAUGUUGAUUCAAGUGUUAUCAUGGGCCAAACUGGCUUAUAUCAGCAAGAUGUUCAGAAGUACGGGAACAUCGAGUACAUGAGAUGCAAUCCUGAAAAUGGAUUUUUCCCUGAUCUGUCAACUGUCCCACGUACAGAUAUAAUUUUCUUUUGCUCACCGAACAACCCCACUGGUGCUGCUGCCUCUCGGGACCAACUGACGAGACUAGUCAAAUUUGCUAAGGACAAUGGGUCUAUCAUUGUCUAUGAUUCUGCCUAUGCUAUGUACAUAUCAGAUGAUAGCCCAAAGUCUAUCUUUGAAAUUCCUGGUGCGAGAGAGGUUGCCAUUGAGACAGCAUCAUUCUCGAAAUAUGCUGGGUUCACUGGUGUCCGUCUAGGUUGGACUGUUGUCCCCAAGGAGCUUCUUUUCUCAGAUGGGCAUCCAGUCGCUAAAGAUUUCAACCGCAUUGUGUGCACCUGCUUCAAUGGCGCAUCAAACAUUGCUCAAGCUGGUGGCUUAGCUUGCCUCUCUCCAGAGGGUCUGAAGGCUAUGCAUGAUGUUGUUGGCUUCUACAAGGAGAAUACUGAAAUAAUUGUCGACACGUUUACAUCGCUUGGAUUCAAUGUAUAUGGUGCCAAGAACGCUCCUUAUGUGUGGGUGCACUUCCCUGGUCGCAAUUCGUGGGAUGUGUUCGCUGAGAUCCUUGAGAAGGCGAACGUUGUCACUACGCCUGGCAGUGGAUUUGGACCUGGCGGCGAAGGCUUUGUGAGGGUCAGCGCGUUUGGCCACAGAGAAAACAUCAUUGAAGCCGCUAGGAGAUUAAAACAGCUGUACAAGUGAGCACUGACGCAGCUUCAGUAACGUCUUGGAAGGACGAUAUCAAUAAGAUUGCAUCAUGAUUUGGAACACCAAAUUCGCUCUGUCGAGCUACUUGGAGAUAUUAGAAGCGAAACUUGAUAAUUUCCUAGGCUUUUAUGUUGUGGUAGUUCUUUCAAAUAAUUUCCAAUUCGAAAGAUGCUUGUUGUAUCCCCGAGACAUUUGAAUCACCAGGUAGUGGUUAUAUGGCCUAUGUUUAGGUCCCUUGCUGUUCA